CUUUGCUAUAAUACCACCUGCACUAGACAGAAUUGAUCUUUUCUCCUACAAGGGAGGCUUCGCAUGGUCAGGAAGCAACAAGUGGGAGUAGUAGCAGAUAAUGACAGAAAAGCAGUUCUCGCAUAACUUUGAUAAGUCAGAGGAAGACCUCCCUCCAAGGAAAGUUUAUUCGUUCACGGAUUAUCCGCAAACUGAGGCUUUACUACCGUUUAACACGGAAAGCUCACACUAUUCCCAGAAUGUUCCCAUAGCAGUUGAUCUCGGGAGAACGGGUGUCAGAGUAGGAAUGGCCGGUACUCGUGACCCAUUUCUGAAUUUUCCCACUUUAAGUGCCAGAUAUAGAGACCGGAAAACAAACAGGCCCUCCACCUUUGUUGGCUACGAUGUCUUCUUCGAAUCUACCAUAAAGGCAAACAUGAGAAACCCAUAUGAUGGUCAGAUGCUGACAAAUUGGGAGGCGGUCGAAAAGAUCUUUGAUUUUUCUUUCUUACAUCUAGGAGUCGAUUCGGAUAGUAAAGUGAGCAACCCUAUUGUCAUGAAUGAGACCCUAGCCACACCAUUAUCUCAAAGACAGAAUCUAUCACAGCUUUUAUUUGAAACGUAUAAUGUCCCCUCUGUGGCAUAUGGAGUUGAUUCGCUUUUCAGUUAUUAUCAGAAUGAUGGUAAAUCGGGCAUGGUUGUCGGUACGAAUCAUGAGGCAACACAUGUAAUACCAGUUUUAGAUAGCCGUCCCAUCAUUGAUAUCUCGAAAAGAAUCAACGUUGGUGGACACCAGUUAUAUGAUUUCAUGAAAUGCUCGAUAGGUUUGAAGUAUCCAUAUUUUCCAACGAGAUUGAAUGACUGGCAAAUCCAAAGCUUGGUUCAAGAUCAUUGUUUUGUUUCCAAGGAUUUCGGCCAGGAGAUAAGACAUUCAUUGGAUCUAGAUUAUCUAGAGAAAAAUGAUAUAACCAUUGAAGCACCUUUCAAUGAGAUAAUCAAAGAGGAGAAAACCGAAGAGCAGCUCAAAAUUGAGGAGCAGAAGAGAAAAGAAAACAUCAAGAAACUUCAAAACCAAGCAAAAGUCAAAAGACUCGAGAAACUUCAAUUGAAGCAGAAAGACUUUGAGUAUUAUACCAAAAUCAAAGAUAGCUUCAACAAUAUGAGCAAAAGGGAAGUUAUUGAUACUAUACGUGAAGCUGGGUUUGAUGAUGAAGCUGAUUUAAACAAGUAUCUUGCUACUCUUGAAAAAUCUUUAAAAAAGGCCAAAUUAUUGGAUACAAACGAUGAUGACGAAUCUGGGGAUGAUGAGUCUAAGUAUGAUUUCUCUCUUUUAGAUAAACCCAGUGCAGAGCUAAACCCUGAAGAGUUGAAAGAAAAACGUAGGUUGAGAUUGAUUAAGUCCAACAUCGAUUCCAAAAUCCGUGCAAGGAAAGAGAAAGAGGAAGCGAUUAAGGAAGCUGAGGAGGUUCGUCAAAAAGAUAUUGAAUUUAGAAACACUGAUCUAGAAAACUGGAUUAAACAGAAACGUCAACUACUUGAUAAUGUUGUCAAAAGAAGGAAAGAGAGAAUUAAAUUAAAGGAUGAACUUGGAGAUCGAAAGUCUAGGGCUUCCCAACAAAGAAUGAGAAAUAUUGCAUCUCUAGCAGAUGAUGGACCAGCAAACAACUCAGGAAAUCAAAAUGGUUCGGGUAACGGUAACAAUAAGCGACGCCACAAUGUAACAAUUGAUAACGAUCCAAAUGAUACAUUCGGUGCUAAUGAUGAUGAUUGGGCUAUAUAUAGGGACAUUGCUGGUGUUGACGAUGAGGAGUUGUCUGCAGAAGAGCUGGAAGAGAUAUAUCUGCUUGAAAAGCAAUUGUUAGAGUUUGAUCCAAGUUUUACUAUGGAAGAUACACAAGAACGUCAAUUCAAUUACAGAAACUCGACCAUACAUAAAUUUUUGAGAGGUCCUAGAGAUUUCGAUAACGAGGACCAACAUCAAUUACACCAAAUUCAUUUGAAUGUUGAAAGAAUAAGAAUACCUGAGAUAAUGUUCCAACCUUCAAUAACUGGUAUUGAUCAAGCCGGUGUUGUUGAAGUAGUGGAAGAUACUCUACUAAGAAGGUUACCUCAGGAGCUCGGAUUUUCUGGUGAUAUAUCAGCAUGCGAGCCGGUGAAGAACGUUUUCAAGGAUAUCUUCUUAACAGGUGGUUGUACAUUAUUCCCGAACUUUCAAGAAAGAAUGGAAAAAGAGGUUCGCAUGUUUUCACCAACGAACGUGCCAUUCAAUGUUAGAGUGGCAAAGGAUCCGAUGCUUGAUGCUUGGAGAGGUAUGUCCAAAUGGGCGUACAAUGAGUACAAGUUGAAUAAUUCGAAGAGCUUCUGGACAAGACAGCAGUACGACGAAUUUGGUAUUCACUAUAUGACCGAAAAUGGGUUUGGUUGUAUUAAUCUUACAUAGAAAUGUAAAAAAAUAUAUAAAUCAGUGUACAUCUUUCUACUUGUAGUUCUACUCCUCAUCUAAUUUACUUAGCUUUUCAUCUAUAUUCACCUUCCUUGGAUCGAUACCCUUCUUUUCCAAGCUAUGUUUUAUGGAUUCUUUCAUGAUAUUUUUAUCUUCCUCUGCGUCGAAUUUGGCAAAAUCAUCAGCAAUUAAGCCUUCCUUCAAAGCUUCUUCUCUAGCCAUCUUCUCUUUUUCGAAAGCACCGGCCUUAGAUAUGUCAAAUGGGCUUGGUCCAAGUUUCUUGAACUUAGCAACAAAGAAACCAUCCACGUUAUAAACAUGUGGAUAAAAUCUCUUGCUGAGUUUGACACUUGAAUCAAAAUUUUUACCUCUAAAACUUGUGAAACCAUCCUUACCGAU